GGACCGGUCCAAGUAACUUCACUCAUAUUCUGUUUACCAAAAUAGAAGUAAUGAACAAGAUGACAUGAAGAAGCGGUUAAGCCAUAAUCUCGUUUCAGCCGUUAACUCCCUACAUCUUUCCGGCUCAAGUAAACCGUUAAGCUUCCAUAAAAAAACCCGAUUCAUCCAAACCGUUCAGACUUGCAACAACCUCGUUUUACCAACCUUAACCCACUCCAAAAUCCUUAAAUCCGGUCUCCUUAAUGACACCAUCAUCACUAAUCAUCUCAUUAAUGGCUACAUUAAGUCCCAACAAAUAUCCCAAGCACAUCAGGUGUUUGAUGAAAUGCCCGAACCAAAUGUUGUCUCCUACACUUCUCUUAUGUCAGGUUAUAUCAGUGCGAGUACGCCUCAACUUUGUCUUUGGAUGUUUAGAGAAAUGCAUAAUAGUCCGGUUUUGCCGAAUGAUUUUACGUUCGCCACCGCGGUAAACGCUUGUUCGAUACUUGCUGACCUUCAAAAAGGGAAACAAGUUCAUGGUCUUGUGGAGGUUUUCGGGUUUCGGUUUAACCUCGUCGUUUGCUCUUCGCUUGUUGAUAUGUAUGGGAAAUGCAACGAAGUCGAUUUUGCUCAGCUGGUUUUCGAUUCGAUGGCGGAUAAGAAUGUUGUUUCAUGGACUUCGAUGAUCACUGCAUAUGCUCAAAAUGGAAGAGGGAAUGAAGCACUUGAAGUUUUUAGAGAAUUCAAUUUGUUAGAUUGGGAGAUUCCAAAUAAGUUUAUGUUGGCUAGUGUUAUAAAUGCUUGCGCGAGUUCGGGGAAGUUGGUUUCGGGGAAGACUACACACGGUGCAGUGAUCCGACACGGUCACGAUUCGAAUGAUGUAGUUGCUAGCACAUUGGUAGAUAUGUAUGCCAAGUGUGGUUGUAUCGUUUAUGCUGCUCGGGUUUUUCGGAGAGUUCGGAAUCCUUGUGUGAUCCCAUAUACUUCCAUGAUUGUAGCUGCUGGAAAACAUGGACUCGGGAAAGUUUCUAUUGAACUUUUUGAGGAAAUGAUUGAUAAAAGAAUAAAGCCUAAUGAUGUUACUUUUGUUGCCGUUUUGCAUGCUUGUAGCCAUUCUGGUCUAGUAGACCAAGGCCUCGAGUACUUCAACUCGAUGUCCUGGAAACACGGGGUAGUCCCAGAAGCAAAGCAUUAUACCUGUGUUGUUGAUAUGCUCAGUCGAAUUGGUCGUUUUGACGAGGCAUAUCGGUUAGCAAAAUCGAUUAAGGUGAACCCUAAUGAAGGCGCUUCGUUGUGGGGGACGCUUCUAUCGGCUAGUAGACUUCAUGGGAGGCUAGAUAUUGCCGUUGAAGCUAGCAAAAGGCUAAUAGAAUCCGAUCAACAAGUAGACGGCGCGUACGUUACAUUGUCGAACGCUUAUGUUUUGGCCGGUGAGUGGGAGAAUGCUAACGAUCUUCGGAAGAAAAUGAAACAAACCGGAGUCUGCAAGGAACCCGGCUGCAGUUGGAUCGAUAUUAAGGACUCGACUUACGUUUUCUACGCCGGAAACAUCUCGUUCAAGAGAGGGACCGAGGUAUUGAGAAUGUUGAAGGAGUUGGAAAGAGAAAUGAAAGAGAAAGGAAGGAGUAAAGGGUUGGUAUUUGUUGACGUGGAAGAGGAAGCCAUGGAAGAAACUGUUGACCAUUGGUUGAAGCGAUUGAAUCGAGAACCAUGAUUUAUAUGGUCUAAUAUAUAUAAAAAGAAUAUAUAUAUUUUGUUUAAAAAACACAAAUAUAUAUAUAAAAAAUAUGAUCACAAAUUUGUUAAACUUUA